CGGAGGGUGUUGAGAUGGAUGGAUGGAUAUAUGGAUAAGAAGCUAAGCGGCGGCAGCGGGUAGCGGGGGCAUCGGCAGAUGAGAACGCUUUAGUACCGAGUGGGAGCUCCACCCGAUACUAAAGGUCAUCCAUUAGUACCGGGUGGAGGCUCCACCCGAUACUAAUGUGCCUUAGGGCCACCCGGUAGUAAUGGGUGACCUUUAGUACUGGUUGGAGCCCCCCAACCGGUACUAAAUGGGGUCACGGGAAACUGUACAUUAGAUCCGGUACUAAUGCUCACAUUAGUACCGGGUAAAAAACCAAUUGUAUUGGAUGAAAGGUUAUUUCUCUAGUAGUGGGACCAACUGAAAUAACUUGUAAGAGUAAAUUGAACAUAAAUUUUAUUUAGGGUGUCAGGUAGACAAAGUGGCUGAAAUAGUAAAAUAGACAUUUUGCCUUUUAUUUAUAAUGGCAGAUGAAUGUAGCAUGGAAGCAUAUUAGAUCAUGACUAUUAUAUUGCUGUCAACAGUGAUCGAGUCCACAAAAUGUACGACUAGUCUUUGCUUUAGUUUUGGAAUUUCUAGGAUUUCUUUUUUUAAGUGUAUCUUAUAAAGAUUAAUAUUGAGGCUUCCAAAGAGUUUCCGGUUAGUGGUAGUAGGAUGAAAGAGCCCCAACAUUGGCUAAAUGAACUUUGUUAAAGAAGGCAAUUUUGUAGUGAGAGUUUAGAGUAAUAAUUUUGAACAUCUCCAACAAUUGGAUAAAUGCGGACUUAAACAUUAGCGUUGGAUAUUAGCCAACUUGUUUUAAGGUUUGAAAUAUAGUUUGACUCAACAUUACUGUAUUGGAGGAUUUUCUUAGAGCAUCCACAUUAAUUCUCACGAGACACUCUAGAAAAAGAUAAAUUUUAGAAAUUCUCAAAGAAAUCAGAAACAUUCUGCCAUGAAUCCAAUGUGCUAUAUUCAUCAUAGCCAUGGAUCUACUAUAUUUUCAAAAAAAAUACCCACCUCUACCAUUUAUAAAAAUAGUGUUCAGUAACACCUAAAUCUAAAUUAUCCACCUUUACCAUUAUAAAAUAUAACAUAGUAAUCCCUAAAAUUCAGCUAAACUACUCACUUAAUCACCUAAAUUUGCAUCUAAAUUACCCAAAUCUUCCAUUAUUAAUUUAAAAAAAUCCCAAAACUGAAUUUAAAUCAUUUACAUAUAUCAUUAUUGUAAAAAAUCAUAAAGUACACCAUGAUUCUAAAUUAUAUAUUUCUACCAUUGUUAAUACAGAAAAUACAAAUUUAAUAUACCUAUGCACAUGUAUGGAGGACAUGAUGAAAUAUCGAUUUCCAUGUUAAACACGCAACUCAGACUAAGGUUUCAACUACCAACAGUUAAUAUAGAUGAAACAUUGUGUACAAUAAUUAAUAAAUUAUUAACUAAAAUCGAUCAUGAAUGAAUAAAUGAAUAAAGAUAAGUGCGUAUCUAUAUGAGUGUUGUAUUAGAAUAUUUAACAAAUAAAUGAGAGGAAGCGUUAGAUAAAUAAUCUUGAUUAUUAGUUGGAGUCACUAAUUUGGUUAUGAAUUUCUAACACCUGCGCCUCUCUAGCUGCGGUAGUACGGGUGGACGGACCGGCUUACUCAAUUUUAAAUUGUUUUUAAGCACAUUACUUCCAAAAAUUAAAAAAAUAACCAAGCAAUGCGAUCUGGUCAAUGAACUAUUGCAUAGGCCCACGUAGCUGGCGCCAUUUAAUUUGACGUGCUGCUGCCCAUCUAGCCCUCGAGGUAGUCAGGCCAGUCGCAGCUGCUCUUGCCUCUUGUGCAACCCAGAGGGAGAGAGAGAGAGAGAGAGAGCGCCAUGGCCAAGGCUCACAUCCUCGUGCUGCCGUUCCCGGCGCAGGGCCAUGUCACCCCGCUCAUGGAGCUCUCCCACCGCCUGGUCGACCACGGCUUCGAGGUCACCUUCGUCAACACCGAAGCGCAUCACGCGCUGGUCGUCGGCGCGCUGCAGGCGGCGGGCGGCACGUCGGCGCUGGCCGGCAUACACCUGGCGUCCAUCUCCGACGGGGUGGAAGACGACGAGGACCGCAAGGACAUCAGCAAGCUCGUCGACACCUACGCCCGUCACAUGCCGGGGCACCUGGAGCGGCUCGUCGCCGAAAUGGAGGCGGCCGGGAGGCCCAAGGUGAAGUGGCUCGUCUCCGACGUGUACGCGUGGUGGUCCUUGAACGUCGCCAAAAGGUUAGGCAUCCGGGUGGCCUCAUUCUGGCCGGGGUCGGCGGCGUGCUUAGCUAUUAAUCUCAAGAUCCCCAAGUUGACAGAGGAAGGGCUCCUCAACAACAAGGGUUAG